GUUUAUUACUCGAUAUCUCGCGUUUUCUCCUCAGUUGGAUCUGAUCCGACCCAUCAGGGAGGUCACGUCGAACCGCCGCAAACGGCAUAUGUGAACUGCCGACGAGGCGCGCAGGUGAGCGAGGCGAGGGGCGCGUCGGAUUCGGGCCGGGGAGAGAGGGUUUCGCCGCCGCGAGAUGGACGGCCGUGACCAGCAGCAUCAGCAACAGCCUCAGGCGCCGCCGCGCGUGAGCUCCCCGCCGCAGUCCGCCGGCGUCAUGAUGCCGCACGCCGCGUACGGCGCCGCGGCGCCGCCCGGGAUGCCUCCGGGCUCGGCGGCGAAUGUUAUGCACGGGAUGCCGCUCGCCUUCAGCCCCAUGGCGUCGCCGGGCGCCUCGUCGCCCAUGAAGCCCGCGGAUAUGCCGGGGACCAUGUACCGCCCCGAUUCCGGCGCAACGGGCAUGCAGCAUCCCGGUGUCGGUGGCGGCGGCAGCGGUGGGGAGCUCGUGAAGAAGAAGAGGGGGAGGCCAAGGAAGUAUGGCCCAGACGGGAGCAUCGGCUUGGGACUGAAGCCCGCAGCCGGGACGGCGACUGAGGCGGGCGGGCAGUCCGGCGGAGGCGGGUCCAACUCCAACCCCGACGGGAAGCGCAGAGGGCGCCCCCCUGGAUCCGGCAAAAAGAAACAGCUCGACGCUCUGGGAUCUUCAGGGACAUCGUUUACUCCCCACAUAAUAACUGUGAAGCCUAACGAGGAUGUCGCGUCAAAAAUAAUGGCUUUUUCACAACAAGGCCCACGUACUACAUGUAUAAUUUCAGCAAAUGGUUCUCUGUGCACGGCAACACUCCGUCAACCAGCAACUUCUGGUGGCAUAGUGACAUAUGAGGGACAUUUCGAUAUACUCUCUCUGUCGGGCUCAUUCCUGCUCGCAGAGGAUAGUGACACUCGCAGCAGAACAGGUGGUUUGAGUGUGGCACUGGCUGGAAGUGAUGGACGUAUAGUUGGAGGUUGUGUUGCUGGAAUGCUGAUGGCAGCGACACCCGUACAGGUUGUGGUGGGCAGUUUCAUUGCUGAAGGUAAAAGGACAAAGGAAGAGCAACCGAAACGUGAGCCUACAUCUGUGCCACCGCACACGGCUGGAUUUGGGGCAGCCUCGACUGCCAGUCCUCCGUCUGAUGGAACAUCAAGCGAGCACUCUGAUGAUCCAGGGAGCCCCAUGGGACCUAACGGCAGCACAUUCACCAACACGGGGCAUCCCAUGCAUUCCUCAUAUGCACCAGUCGGCUGGUCGCUAUCCAGGAACCAAGACCGCUACGAUCCCGACCUGAAGAUGAUGACCGACUAAUGGCUGCUGUGUUGCAGCUUCGUUGUUAGCAGUUGACAUAGUUGAGUAGGGGUUCAGGCCUUCCUGCACCGGUUCCAGCGGCAGUGUCGGUCAAUAAAUCCGGAGUGCUAGGAGAGAAAGCCUCGUCAAGGAGUAGCUCACGAGUAAUAAGUAGCACCAGUGCAUGCCUUUGGCUUAUUAUGUAACAGUUGUUAGUUUGUAUCUGUGUGGCUUCACUGUCAGGAGUUUAUGCAGCCUGCCUUCUGGUUUCUAUUUGUGUCACAGUGUAGUGCUACGUUUUCUUAUCCAUGGAUUGGUAUUUGAGAUAAUUCCCAACA